UUCGGGAUUGUUGAGGGAAGGGUGUGCGGUGGGAUUUGUGUGUGUGUGUGGGGGUGCGGGUAUUGCGCUCUGCGGCGAAAUAAGGCCGGGCUAGUCGACUGUGGGGGGCGUCACAAUCUCCCUCCACAUUAAGGCUCACUCUCUGAGGAGACAGAGCUAUAUUUAAGACGUUAUUAGAACGUGCGAUGGUGGCAUCGCGGUAAUAUUGCAAAACUACUAACCCAGAGGCCUUGGGUAACGCUUCAGUUCAAAUAAGGGGGCUUCUGAUGUAGAGGUAGUGUCCCUAUCUCUGAGCCGUGAGGGACAGGCUGGGCCCAUUCCAGUACAUAAAGAUAUGUUGGUGCAACUAUUUUAUCAUAUUUCGUGCCCUACUUGCUCCAGAGAACGUAACAACAUUCCUGAACAGGUUUAAUAGAAAAUAUCUGUAGCACAAGACUGUCUUGAAGUACAGUGGUAUUGUCCCUCCAUCUGAGCCAGGAGUCCUGGGUUAAAAUCCCGCCUGCUCUAGAGGCUUAAAAGAUACAACAGCUCAUCAGUGCUGUUGAAGUUUACCAUAUACCGUCGCCUUGCCCUGGAGUAGAUAGCCCUUUGUCUGUCCACACCAUGGAAGGAGGUUCUUCUGUGCAAGCUAGUUAUGUUUUCCGGGGCAUUGAGUAUAUAGUCACGAUGAUGGUGACUGGAGAUGUGUUGGAGGUGGAAGUCGAGGACCGAUUGACAUCUGAGCAAUGGCGAGGAGAAUUCGAGGCUGUUUAUAUCGAAGAUGUCACUCACAAAACUGGCAACUUCAAACAGUUCUCAAUCUUUUGCAGUAUGUUGGAGUCAGCCAUCACAAAGAGCAGUGAAUCAGUGACUCUUGACCUAUUGACCUACGCUGACCUGGAGCUAUUGAGAAACCGGAAAGCUGGAGUUUCAAUGAGGCACGCACCACCACCGAAAUCUGGAGCCCUCAAUGUGAAACGUUACCUCAUCCUCAUUUACUCAGUGGAGUUUGACAGAAUACACUACCCACUUCCCCUACCCUAUGUAGGAAAGCCAGAUCCAGCCACUCUCCAGAAGAUCAUUCGAAGCCUGAAAGAGGAACUUGCCACAGUGAAAUCGAAGCAUGGCAAGGACUUCCGUGACACAGAGCUCAGACGCUUGAGAGCAGAGUUCGAGAAGCUGCUGCAGGAGAAACAGGAGCUGGAAGUCAUGAUUCUGCAGCUCCAGGAGCAGAUGAAACUGUCCAGCACAGCAUCUGUGGCCAAGGAGGUGAAAAUCCUGAAAAAAAUCAUUCAGAGCUUGGAGGAGGAGCUGAUGAAGGAGAAAACAAAAAAUCAGAGAGCAGCAAAUAAACGAAACCAAGAAUACCGGCAGGUCUUGGAUGAGCUGGAAGACGUAAAGGCUUCAGAGCGGAAACUGAAGGUGCGAAUGAAGAACCUGACCACAGAGUUGAAUUUGUACAAAAGGGGUCGCUUGACUCCAGUGGGACCCUCUCCCCAGAACCGAUCAAAUUUAAAUCUCAGCUCCGGCCAUCGUUCUCAGACCAGGACAGAUUCGGCUGGCAGAGUUCGGCAGGACAGUCAGUCGGCCUUGCGGGAAAGAAGCAAGCAGUGGUCAGGGUCCCAAGAGAGGGAGAGAUCUACAUCCAGAGAGAGAAGUGGCCGGUGGUCAUCGUUUAGAGAGAGGGAACGGUCUUCCUCCAGAGACAGCCAGCAAAGAAAUCGUUCCCGUACUCCCAGACUGUCACCCUCUCCAGCAGGAACUAGGCAAACCCGUUUCAACCCCACGGCAUAUGUGCACAACAAGGAGCAGAAGCAGAAGGAGACAGAGCAGAGAAACUUGAGGAGGAUCUACAGGGGCAUGAACCUCCUGACCGAUGAGGAACGAGGAAGGUCGAAAUCCAAGAACUGCUCCCGCGAAGGCAGUGCCAGCAAAGUACAAACAAGUGGUCACAGUCGUGGGCGAAGCUCAUCGGCGGAAUUUCACCGGAGCCGAUUCUCCUCCGCAAGCUCACUCAGUGAUUUUGAAGAUAGCAGAGGACAUGCCAAGUCAAGAUUGCAGAGAAGCAGGAAACCUAAACGGCCAUUGGGAUUGGCAUCUUGGAGCAGUCCAAACUUGCCUCAAAGAAAACCAAAAGCAAAGAAACGUUUAGCCAGCACCCCAACUAAACAAAACAAGGUAUCUGACAAAGCCCCACUGCUGGGUGCAAGAUUCCUGUUGGAGAGCAAGAAGAACCGGGCGAAGGAGCCGUCGGCCGUGCAGAUGUGGUGCGGAAACUACCUGGCUCAGCAAGUGUGCAAGCAGAGGAACAAAGUAGUGUUUAUGUGUUUAGCACAACUCUGAUACCGAGUUGGAUUUCCAAAGGUGGAAUCGUCUAAAAGCCUUUCUUCCCCCACUCCCUCCAGAAAAUUAUCUAGACUCGUGCGACCUUUCUGAAAUCGAUGCCAGGCUCAACGCGUUGCAGGAGUACAUGGAGAAGCUUGGCGCACGGACCGAGUGAGCUGAGGAGCAGAUCCUUCCGGCGGGUGCUGUAUGACAAACUGAGGGCACGGGAGGGGACGGAGGGCAGGGUGAGGCAGGAGCCUGUGGGCACAGACACAACCUGCCCGACACCACCCAUGUAGCCCAGGUCAGAAGCAGCCAACCUGCGUGUGCUAAACCGGCCCUCCUUUUCUCAGACUAGAUGGAAGAACUGAAUGACUAGAUUUGUUCGCUGCAGAUAGGAAUUUUCUUUUGUUUUUUAUAUAGAAAAUAGGAUAAGUUUCUGGACAAUCUGUGAGAGUUGUCACCUUUGUGUGACUAUUACACUAUUUGAUAAACCUCUUGGCCAAAAUGCAACACUAUAGAAUGAUUAACCGAGAUUGUUGUGUGUCUGGAGCUGGUUUUGACGAGGUGUAACCAAUUUCUAGCCAGUUGUCUAUCCUGGUAGUUCCUCACUUGGGAGAUCGCAACCAGUGGCUGGUGAAAAUGGACUCCCAAACUUUUCACAUGAAGUCAGAAAGUCACACAACACCAGAGUUAAAAAUCACAACACCAGGUUAUAGUCCAACAGGUUUAAUUGAAAGCACAAGC